GAAAUUGCAGGUCUCCCUACUAUCCUUGCCGCCAAUUCGCUUCCCCGGCAAAGACUUGCCAGGGUUUCAGUGAACUGAAACCGCAAAAAAUGUUGCUGCAGCUUCCCCGAUUGACAAACUCUCUCAGAAAGCCAUUCGACGCGGAUGAAGCUUAUCUCCAACGCAGAAUCAUCCUCCAAAACCUCAAAUCUCGCAGCUCUGCAAAUUCACUCCAACAAUCAGAACUUGCACGAAACAUCGUCUACAGAUGGGAUGAAGCUUCUAGUGAAGUGAGGCAAGCGUACAAACAGUUUAUUGCCGCGGUGGUGGAGUUGAUUGAUGGGGAGGUGGUGUCGGAGGAGUUCCAGGAGGUGGCAUUGACUGUUUAUCGACUGUUUGGGCAGCCUUUAGAGGAGGACGAAGACAAUAGAAGGAUUGAACAGAAGAAGUUAGAAUUGCAAAAACUACUUGGCCAUGCUGUUUCAGAUGCAAACCUGUGGAAAGUUGUCUCUUUGGUGCAGAGGCUUUCUGGCUUACAGCUUAAUGACCAUGGCACCAAGUUUGUGCCAGACACCGAAAUAAAUGGGAGUGCUGAUGAUGCAGAAUUUGGUGCUGACCUUGUUUUCAGAUCCCCAGCUCGGUUUCUGGUUGAUAUUACUCUAGAGGAUGAUGAAUUUCUACUGGAGGAGCCCACUGCCCGUCCUUCUUCGCUUCACAAGGAAUGUUUUUAUCAUGGUGACUCGACAAAUUACCACCCUGCUAUUGGUGGGGGAAACUUUGAUUUAGGUUGGCUAAGAAAUGUGUCUGAUAAAAUAGUCAAAGAAAGUACUUCGCAGCUUCCUCGUGAUGAACUAGCGAUGACCAUUUGCCAAAUACUUGAUUCAGAGAAACCUGGUGAUGAGAUUGCUGGUGAUUUGUUGGAUCUCGUUGGUGAUAGUGCAUUUGAAACAGUUCAAGACCUUAUCACUCACAGAAAGGAACUCCUUGAUGCUAUCCAUCAUGGAAUGCUGGUAUUGAAAUCUGACAAAAUGUCUACAAGCGUGCAAUCACGCAUGCCUAGUUAUGGCACUCAGGUGACUGUUCAAACAGAGUCUGAACGGCAAAUUGAUAAACUUAGGCGCAAGGAGGAGAGGAGGCAUAGACGGGGAACAGAUCACGGGGUUGAGAACGAAUUGUAUGCCAUGAGUUUCAGUUCUUUGCUUCAAGCGAGUGAGAAUAAAAGCCCAUUUGAUGAUUUAAUUGGGCGUGGUGAAGGGCCACACAGUUUAGUAGCCACUGCCCUUCCUCAAGGAACUGUUAGGAAGCAUUACAAGGGGUAUGAAGAAGUCAUAAUCCCCCCAACACCUACUGCACCAAUGAAACCUGGGGAAAAACUGAUAGAAAUAAAGGAGUUAGAUGACUUUGCUGAAGCUGCAUUCCGUGGUUAUAAGUCGCUGAACCGUAUUCAGAGCAGAAUAUUUCAAACUACCUAUAACAGUAAUGAGAACAUACUAGUUUGUGCUCCAACAGGAGCUGGCAAAACUAAUAUAGCUAUGAUUGCAGUUCUACAUGAGAUUGGACAGCACUUCAAGAAUGGUUACUUGCAUAAAGAUGAAUUUAAGAUAGUUUAUGUUGCUCCUAUGAAGGCAUUAGCUGCAGAGGUUACAUCUACUUUUAGCCAUCGGUUGGCUCCAUUGAAUAUGAAUGUGAAAGAACUUACGGGAGACAUGCAACUUUCUAAACAUGAGCUAGAAGAAACUCAGAUGAUAGUGACAACACCCGAGAAAUGGGAUGUCAUUACUCGUAAAAGCAGUGACAUGUCGCUCUCAAAGCUGGUGAAGCUCCUAAUCAUUGAUGAAGUACAUCUUUUGAACGAGGAUAGAGGCCCUGUUAUAGAAGCGUUAGUAGCUCGGACUCUUCGUCAGGUAUCCUUUAUGUUAAGGCAUCAUAUGUCUUACUUCAGUUAG